GAGCGUAGCGGCGGUGGAGACCACUGCACCGACUGAAAGGAGGGUGGAGGGGAAAGGGUCUUCUGGUCUCUUCGUUCUCCGCCUUUCCGUGGCGAAGGUGCUCUGGUUCGGUUAAGGAUCCAGCCCGAUGGGUAAUGUAUGAGGGCACGUGUGUGCGUUCUGCUCGAAACGAUUGAAACUUGGCAUGGUCUCGGCAAAGGCAGACUUAUGCGGGAAGACGAUUGUGUCCAAAGCUGCAAUACUGCUACUUGCCAGGGCUCCUUUGUCUCAUAUCGCUGCAAAUACUACUUUCACAUUCUCUUGUUUUGCCGUCUUAGGAUUUCUCUCCCAUGCCUUACCGAAUUUACAUCACGGAGAAGCUAGGUCCUGAAUGAGCUAUGUUUAGAGGAGAUUGCUGAGAGUAACAUUGGUGUGUGUAUGUGAUUUCUGCUCCCCCUACGUUGCUGGAAAGAUGUUUACUUAAAGCGUACUUGGUGGUUACCUCCAUUCAGUAAAGAUGGGAGCGAGAUAGAUUCUUGGGAAGACUCAGAAGCCUAGGGAUUUAUUGGCUGUUCUCCUACCUUAUUUAUUAUUGAUCUUAUUGAAACUUCCUACAUGGGAAUAAAUGUGCUCAAAUUUAUUUGGUAUUCAUACAGCCUGGCACUUCCCAUAAUAGUUGCAUUAGGUGUUCAGAUUUUUACAUUUCACUGAGCGCUAGUGCAUCUUUUUCUCUAUAGAUCUGGCAAGGAUAAAGCUUGCCCUUGGUUGGUUCUCUUUCGCUUUCCAAAAUAUGGAGUUGCUAGUGAUUUUUAAAAUGUGCUUUAGAGAAGAUUUUGUUUUAAUCAGGUGGUCGAAUUCUAAGUGUAAUAAUGUUGCUUAUAUCAUAGUGGAUGGAUAGUCGUUUCUGUUGGAAUCCCUGUUUGCUUUUUAUAUUAAUAGAUGGUUGCUUUUUAUAUUAAUAGAUUUGAGCAUAUCAGCCCAAAUUGAAAGUGUAAAGAAAAAUUCUUAGUUGUGUAAGAGUUUUGGUUUAAAAUGUUUUAAAAUAUCUAAUUCUAAAUGUAUUUUUACAAUAGGUAAAGGAAACUUUUUCCCCCAAAGAAAAUAAUAUAGUUCAGAAGGAAAAAAAAAAAGAAAUUGCUGCAGAUUUUAUUUUACAGUGUAAGAAAAAUCUACAGUUUCUUCAAGACUCUAUAUUAAGGAAGCAGUCAUGUUUCAUGAGUCCUCAAAACUGUGAGACAAGAGAAUGUAGUAGAGUGAGCUCAGAAGUCCUUACUGACCCAAAGAACUCCCGGGAAACUGGGAUAGAACAUUUUACAUUAUAAGUAAAACCCCUGGAGCCAGAGGUGAAACACGUUUAUCUGCAGAGCUCCGCUGCAGGGCUGAUCUGGGUCUGGAAGAAAUGGAUGAGAGCCACUGGAUGAAAUUCAUUAAUACUAGACACCUGAGUCCUCUAGUAAUGUAUAAAUAUCCCAACUAUUGUCUGUUGUCAUCCUGUUCUUUUUCUUCUGCUUUUAUAACCUAUAUUUUAACUGGAACUUCCAACACUACAGUGUUGUUCUUUUGCUUGCUUCUUUCACUUCUCUAUGGCUCACCACACUUACUGUGUCUCAUUCUCCAUUAUCUUUGGUUUACUUCCACUUGGCCCUUCUAUAAUUUAUGGUUGUCACAUAAAGCAUCUAAUCAAGGUUUUUGUUUUGUUUUCUUUUGUAAUGAAAUAUGCACACCUGGUUGAGAGACAUGUUUUCAAUUGCAAUUUUUUUUUCUCAAAACAAUUGACUGGCCUACAUGCUUUUAAACUUAAAAACCAUUUCUUUUACAGAGAUUUGUGAAUGAACUUUGCUAAGUAUGGAUUCAGGUGGAGGAGGCAGUCUUGGAUUGUACACAUCAGACUCUAGAAUGGCCCAUACCAUGAUUAUGCAAGAUUUUGUGGCUGGAAUGGCUGGUACUGCGCAUAUCGAUGGAGACCAUAUUGUUGUUUCAGUUCCUGAGGCUGUAUUAGUUUCUGAUGUUGUCACAGAUGAUGGGAUAACUCUUGAUCAUGGCCUUGCAGCUGAAGUUGUUCAUGGGCCUGAUAUCAUCACUGAGACUGAUGUAGUAACAGAAGGUGUAAUUGUUCCUGAAGCUGUACUUGAAGCUGAUGUCGCUAUUGAAGAGGAUAUAGAGGAAGAUGAUGGUGAUCACAUCUUGACUUCUGAGCUAAUUACAGAAGCCGUUAGAGUACCUGAGCAGGUUUUUGUGGCUGACAUUGUUACUGGUCCUGAUGGACACUUAGAACAUGUGGUCCAAGAUUGUGUUUCAGGAGUUGACUCUCCCACAAUGGUAUCGGAGGAGGUUCUUGUAACUAAUUCAGAUUCAGAAACUGUGAUUCAAACAGCUGGUGGUGUUCCUGGAUCUACAGUUACUAUUAAAACUGAAGAUGAUGAUGAUGAGGAGGAGGAGGAUGUCAAGAGCACUUCUGAAGACUACUUAAUGAUAUCAUUGGAUGAUGUUGGGGGGAAAUUGGAGCAUAUGGGGAACACACCAUUAAAAAUCGGCAGUGAUGGUUCACAAGAUGUUAAAGAAGAUGGAUUUGGUUCAGAAGUAAUAAAAGUGUAUAUAUUUAAAGCUGAGGCUGAAGAUGAUGUUGAAAUAGGUGGAACAGAAAUUGUCACAGAGAGUGAAUACACCAAUGGACAUUCUGUAGCUGGAGUGCUUGACCAGAGCCGAAUGCAACGGGAGAAGAUGGUUUACAUGGCGGUUAAAGAUUCUUCUCAAGAAGAAGAUGAUAUCAAUGAAAGAAGAGUUUCAAGAAGGUAUGAAGAUUGUCAAGGAAAUACUUUGGACUCAACAUUAGAAAACAGAAGUAGUACAGCAGCACAGUACCUUCAAAUUUGUGAUAGCAUUAAUACAAAUAAAGUACUUAAACAAAAAGCCAAGAAGAGGAGAAGAGGAGAAAUGAGGCAGUGGCAAACAGCUGUUAUAAUAGGCCCUGAUGGACAACCCUUGACAGUAUAUCCUUGCCAUAUUUGCACAAAAAAGUUUAAAUCAAGGGGAUUCUUGAAAAGACACAUGAAGAAUCAUCCUGAUCAUUUGAUGAGAAAAAAAUAUCAGUGUACAGAUUGUGACUUUACAACUAACAAGAAAGUGAGUUUCCAUAACCACUUAGAAAGCCAUAAGCUUAUAAACAAAGUUGACAAAACCCAUGAGUUUACAGAAUAUACACGAAGAUACAGAGAGGCUAGUCCACUGAGUUCAAAUAAACUUAUACUAAGAGAUAAGGAGCCGAAGAUGCACAAGUGCAAAUACUGUGACUAUGAAACUGCAGAACAAGGACUAUUAAACAGACAUUUACUGGCUGUUCACAGCAAGAAUUUUCCACAUGUUUGUGUUGAGUGUGGGAAGGGCUUUCGACAUCCUUCUGAACUCAAAAAACACAUGAGAACCCAUACUGGCGAGAAGCCAUAUCAGUGUCAGUAUUGUGUUUUCAGGUGUGCAGAUCAAUCAAAUCUGAAAACUCACAUUAAGUCUAAGCAUGGUAACAAUUUGCCAUAUAAAUGUGAGCAUUGUCCCCAAGCAUUUGGUGAUGAAAGGGAGCUUCAACGCCAUCUGGAUUUAUUUCAAGGACAUAAGACACACCAGUGUCCUCAUUGUGACCAUAAGAGCACCAACUCAAGUGAUCUAAAGCGGCACAUCAUAUCUGUCCACACUAAGGAUUUUCCUCACAAAUGUGAGGUUUGUGAUAAAGGUUUCCAUCGUCCUUCUGAGCUCAAAAAGCAUAGUGAUAUCCAUAAGGGUAGGAAGAUUCAUCAGUGUAGGCACUGUGACUUUAAAACAUCAGAUCCAUUUAUUCUUAGUGGUCAUAUCCUUUCAGUUCAUACUAAGGAUCAGUCAUUGAAGUGUAAAAGGUGCAAGAGAGGGUUCAGACAACAAAAUGAGCUGAAAAAGCAUAUGAAGACCCACACUGGAAGGAAGAUUUACCAAUGUGAGUAUUGUGAGUACAGUACAACAGAUGCAUCUGGCUUUAAACGACAUGUGAUAUCAAUACAUACAAAAGACUAUCCACACAGGUGUGAAUUCUGCAAAAAGGGAUUCCGAAGACCAUCAGAAAAAAAUCAGCAUAUUAUGAGACACCACAAGGAGGCUCUUAUGUAAUAAGACCAAUAUAAAGAAAGAAACUCUGGAAAAUAUGAUAUGCUACAUGGCAGUAAAACUUCAUAAACCUUUUCAUCUGGUUACAAAGUUGAUAUUAAAUCAUAACUUUGCAUUCUUUGUAUUAAAAAUAUUUGAAUUGACAGGGUAUCUCAUAGCCCUUUGAAAAUUACUUAAAGAAUUUAAGAAGCACCAUAGAAUGGUUGUAGAAAAACCUAUUAAGUGUCAAUUUAAUAGGAUUAUAUGCAUAAACUACAGAAGGGAAGAGUAAAGAUAAUGACUUUAUUUGGCUGAUCAUACUAGAGACAUGCUUCUGAAAAAAAUCUUACAUAAUUUAGGAGUUUAGCAAUGCUUUGCUAUGACAAGCCUCACUUUUAUGCAAUUUUAGAAAUGGGGUGGGAAAUAAAAUGCAGUGAUCCAUCAGGCAUUUUGUCAUUGAGCCUUUUAUAUGGUACCUGGAAAUUGAAUUCCAGAAAUCUAAAAGUUUAUGUAUUCAUUAAAAUAACUUUCACUGAAAAACAGGUUAGAUUAAUUCAAUACUGUUAAAAAGAAUUUCAGAGCUGCUAAAAUUUUAUCACAGGACAGGAUGUUUAAAAUAAAGCAUUCUGUGCUAAACUCUAAGGAUUAAAGUUCCCUUUUUUAUGCUGUUUGAGUUGGUUAUUGUUCAGUAUGGCAUAUAUGACAAGCGUAUAUUUGAGUCAAAUAUGGCUUUCUAAAACGAAUGCAACCAGUAGUGUUGCAAACAAAGUUAGCACUAUAUUUCUUAAUGAUCUAAAGAUUAAAUUGAGAGAACUCAGUUUUCUUAAAUAUUAUAAUGUUUAGGGUUUUUUUAGGACAAUUAGCAAGUAUGAUGGUUCUAGCCUUACUUGCUCUAAUGUUUAAAGGUGCAAUUUUAUGCCAUUCUUGAAAAUUUUGAUUUUUAAAAUCUAUAUAUAUACCAUAUAAUUAACAUGCAUUUUCAAUACAAGGCAGUGUUUAUGCAGUAUUUAACAAAACACUGUGCUGCCAAUAGAAUUCAGAAGUGGAUAUUCAGUUUACAGUGUAUAAAUUUAAAAUAUGCAUCCCUUUAACAACGCUUUGUGUUAGCAUGCUGGAAAUCAAAAUGGCGCUUAAUAUAAAAAGCUGGUUUAGGGAAAUUUAAUGAAAUCCUGUUCAUAAAUGUAUUGCAUAUGAUGUGUACUUUUAAGUUUUAGUUGCUUCAUGUUUACACUCAGCUGUUCAACAUUAUUAAAAUGUAAUUUUACUUCAUACUAUAUUGUGGCUUUGUAUUUCAACUAAUGUUCACCUUUCUGUUUUUUUGCACCAGAUAAGAAUCAGUUUCUUGAGAAUAAAUUUUUUAUCUUUCUUAACUUCAGAAUAUUAAAUUUGGAAAAUCUAAAAUUGUGUGUUAUGUGACUGUAAAUGAUGUACACGCUGUAAAAUAAGAUUGUCUCUGUUACGUGGGAUUAUUUCUAAAUGUUACUCAUUGAAAUGAGCAUACAAUAAAAAGCAUUUAUUGCACUUCAA